CGCAACAUAAUAUCACGAUGAGACUCUUCAAUUUGUUAUCAUGGGAAACCGUCUGGAUAUUCACACUACUCACCGGAGCAGCACACGCCUCUCUAGGCGACCGUCUACCGGACUUCAGGAAUUGUGUAGCAAUAUGCAAGGAAACCAAUUGCAAUGAGACACCCACCUCGAUUCCCCUUCACCGCCGCAUCCUGCUAUGGGACUGUCCCUCGGAAUGCGAUUACAACUGUCAACACAUCGUGACCGCAAAGCGCUUGUCCCGAGACCCGCCCUUUCUGGAACCCAUUACCCAAUUCCACGGUAAAUGGCCGUUCUACCGCUUCAUGGGCAUGCAGGAGCCCUUUUCCGUCCUCUUCUCGCUCUUCAAUUACCUCGCGCAUUCGUGGGGUGUGUCGCAGCUUCGCGAGAAGAUCCCCGCCUCGUACCCGCUGCGGAAAUACUACAUGUUGUUUGGAUACUUUGGACUGGCGAGUUGGGUCGCGAGCAUGGUGUUUCACACGCGCGACUUUGGCGUCACGGAGAAGUUGGAUUACUUCGCCGCGGGCGCCAGCGUGCUUUAUGGCAUGUACUUCACGGUCGUGAGGGUGUGCAGGCUGGACCGUAAGGAGGAUCGCAUGCGGCAGUCGCUACUCAGGCUGUGGACCGUGACUUGCAUACUCUUGUACACGUUGCAUGUUGCCUACCUGACCUUGUGGCGCUGGGACUACACAUAUAACAUGGCAGCCAACGUUGCCGUAGGAUGCGUGCAGAAUCUGCUGUGGAGCGGCUUCUCGUUUGUCAAAUACAGGAGGGUCGGCAGGGUGUGGGCCAUGUGGCCUGGAUUGAUCGUUGCGUGGAUAUUGCUAGCGAUGAGCUUCGAGCUAUUGGAUUUCCCGCCCUGGGGAGGUAUGAUCGAUGCGCAUAGUCUAUGGCAUCUGGGCACCGUUGGACCGACCAUUUGGUGGUACAACUUCCUUCUCAAAGACGCUCAAGAAGAUCUCGCAUUCACCAGACUUAAACGAUGA